AUGGCAGAGGUACGCAGUGAGGUGGAGACUGGUUCUCUGGGUCUAGGAGCCCCACAGCCGGCAGAUUACCCCCAGCUACCACACCCUGCUGCAGACCCUACAGUACCUGUGGCAGAGCCCCAGCUUCCUGGAGAACAUCCCCUGAAGGUACCUGAGGACCCCCGGCCAGAGGCUGAGCCCGACACCUGUCCACUGCCACCCAGGAGAAUGUGGGAGGACAGCUUCGACACAGAGAAGCGAGUUAUAUUCUAUAUUCUAGAGGGUUCUGUCUUUGUUCUAAUCUAGAGUGUUCUGUGUUAUAAAGUGUUCUGUUUCCUGAGUGUUCUAGUCUAGUGUGUUUUGUGUUCUAGAGUGUUCAGUUGUUUUAAUAUUGAGUGUUCUGUCUGUGUUCUAGUCCAGGGUUUCCCAAACUCGGUCCUGGGUUUUGCCCUAUCACUACACAGCUGAUAAAAUAAUCAAAGCUUGAUCAGUUGGUUAUUUGAAUCAGCUUUGUAGUGCUAGUGAACAAACCAAAACGUGCUCCCAGUUUGGGAAACCCUGUUCUAGUGUUCAGUUGUUUUAAUAUUGAGUGUUCUGUCUGUGUUCUAGUGUUCUGUGUUCUAGAGGGUUCUGUCUAUGUUCUGGUCUAGUGUUCUGUGUUCUAGAGGGUUCUGUCUAUGUUCUGGUCUAGUGUUCUGUGUUCUAGAGGGCUCUGUCUAUGUUCUAGUGUAGUGUUCUGUUUUAAUCUAGAGUGUUCUGUCUAGUGUUCUACUCUAGAGGGUUCUGUCUGCGUUCUAGAGUGGGAUAGAAUCACUGGCAGAAAGCCGUCUUUGAAAUUGGUUCUUGUAAGAGUCAUUGACAAUCGAUCAUAUCAGAUCCACAUUUCACAGACAGACUACACACACACAGUGGUGUAUGGCAAUGUGUUAAUAUUUACUUUAUUUAUUUAGCUCAUUUUGAACUCAGCAUUGUUAGAAAGUCAACACCUGUUGUAUUUGGCGCAUGUGACAAAUAAAAUUAAAUUUGACACACACACACACACACACACACACACACACACACACACACACUACCCCCCCCCCCCCACACACACACACACACACACGCUAACUCUGUGUAUUCUCCUCUACCAGCUACUCAGCGGUGUCGUGGAGGCAGUAUUUCGACCAAUCAGAGGACAUCUCAGUAGGACCGUCAGAGACCAGAGAUGUGUUCAGGGUCUACAGGAACGGUUCUGAUGGACCUCUCCUGGUCCUUCUGCACGGAGGAGGACACUCUGCCCUGUCUUGGGCCGUCUUCACUGUGAGGUUCAUCAAUACUAUCUACGGCUCGGCGCGAACAAUGUUCACGCCCCUCUGAGGUUACACGCAUACUGCGUUCCACAGGGAUCAGUCCUGGGCCAUUACUCUAAACUGUCUAUACAAUAUAUCCAUCAUCAAUGCUGUUACACACUUUCCAUUUCCUGUAAAAAAAAAAAAAAAAUGUAUGUUUUCUUUCGUUUCUGUCUAAAUUGUCCAAUGCUGUCUACACAUCAUCUAUAAACUCCUAUCCUCAUCUCCUGACCAGCGUUUGAGAUUUUUCCAUUCCUGUUAUAAUUUCCUGUUUCCUUGUUUAUCUGUCGCGCCGUCUCUUCGGUCUCCAGACAGCCAUAGCCAACAGGGUGACCUGCAGGGUGCUGGCCAUGGACCUCAGGGGUCACGGUGAGUUCAGAGAGCAAAAGGUCGAAAGGUAAUCUCAGAUGGAACCACGGUUGCAUCUGAAACGCCACCCUAUUUUGCUUUGUGGGGCACUACUCAGCGAAUAAGGUGCCAUUUCCAUUUUGGAUGCACACAUUGGGUUUUUUAUAUGGUCAUAUCAUCAAGACUCUAAAACCCAAUGUUUACAGAACCUGUUUACCUCUCUCCAGGUUCCACCCAGGUACGCCAGUCAGAUGACCUCUCCACACAGACCAUGUCCAGGUAAGAAGAUACACACCUGUAAAACAUGAGGAAAUAACGUUCUGUUCCUCUGCCUCUCACCUGUACCUCACCUGUCCCUCUUGUCCCGCCCCUCCUAGGGAUGUGGCCAAUGUAGUGCGAGCGUGCUACGGAGAGGCCCCUCCCCCCAUCGUCCUGGUUGGUCACAGUAUGGGCGGGGCCAUCGCUGUCCACACCGCCUCCAGCAUGCUCCUCCCCACUACCGUAGGACUGGUGGUGAUAGACGUGGUGGAAGGUAGGGCCCAGUCCACACCGCCUCCAGCAUGCUCCUCCCCUCUACUGUAGGGCUGGUGGUGAUAGACGUGGUGGAAGGUAGGGCCCAGUCCACACCGCCUCCAGCAUGCUCCUCCCCUCUACUGUAGGGCUGGUGGUGAUAGACGUGGUGGAAGGUAGGGCCCAGUCCACACCGCCUCCAGCAUGCUCCUCCCCACUACCGUAGGACUGGUGGUGAUAGACGUGGUGGAAGGUAGGGCCCAGUCCACACCGCCUCCAGCAUGCUCCUCCCCUCUACUGUAGGGCUGGUGGUGAUAGACGUGGUGGAAGGUAGGGCCCAGUCCACACCGCCUCCAGCAUGCUCCUCCCCUCUACUGUAGGGCUGGUGGUGAUAGACGUGGUGGAAGGUUGGGGGGGGGGGUGUGUGUGUGUUAACCAUCUCUCUCUCUCUCUCUCUCUCUAGGCAGUGCCAUGGAGAUGUUACACAGCAUGCAGAACUUCCUGAAAGGACGACCCAAGUCUUUUGAGUCUAUCGACCAUGCCAUAGAGUGGAGGUGAGGAGCGUUCAGCAUCACACCACUCUGUAAUGUUAGGCAGUGUUUCAAAGACAGUUUAUAGAACUAUCACGUAUUAUUAUUAUUAUUAUUAUUAUUAUUAUUAUUAUUAUCUGUCUGUUCCAUGGAGUGCUACGCUAUGCUACGUUUCAGGUGUUUCACAGUGUUGGUAGUGCUCUUUCUCAACAGGUUCUGUUCUCUCUCUCUCUCUGUGUGUGUGUCUGUGUGUGUGUGUGUGUGUGUGUGUGUGUGUGUGUGUGUGUGUGUGUGUGUGUGUGUGUGUGCUCUCCUUCAGUGUUAAGAGCGGCCAGAUCAGGAACCGGGAGUCAGCACGGGUAUCCAUGGUGGGACAGAUCAAGAGGUAAACCAUGCUACUCCUUCUCUAAUAGAACCAGAGGACUAUACUACUCAGCCAGCUGCCUCACCUAAAUAUUCGGAAAUAACUUGACAAAAUCGGAUUGAACCAAUCAACCACAAAAAAAAAAAAAAAAAAAAAAAAAACAUAUCUUAGUUAAUCUUUCCUAAUGAACCAGAAAAUCUGUAGUAAUUUCUGUUUAUCAAAGUUAGCUAGCUAAUUUAUCGAUACCGCUUUGCAGUAUACCCAACUUGUUGCUUGUUGUUGUAAAGCAGUAAACUAAAUAGCACAGCAUUCAUAUUCAAUGUAAACUCGGUUAGUGCUUGGGACGUCCCUACCCUAAAACCUAAACCCCUACCCUCGUCCCCAGGCUAUCGCACACAGCGCACACAGUGCAUUCAGAAACUAUUCAGACCCCUUGACUUUUUCCACAUUUUGUUACGUUACAGCCUUAUUCUAAAAUUGAUUUUUCCUCAUCAAUCUACACACAAUACCCCAUAACGACAAAGCGAAAAUACGUUGUUUUUUUGUGUGCAAAUGUAUUAAAAAUAAGAAACAGAAAUACCUUAUUUAAAUAAGUAUUCAGACCCUUUGCUAUGAGACUCGAAAUUGAGCUCAGGUGCAUCCUGUUUCCAUUGAUCAUCCUUGAGAUGUUUCUACAGCCCACCUGUGGUAAAUUCAAAAUGAUUUGGAAAGGCACACACCUGUCUAUACAAGGUCCCACAGUUGACAGUGCAUAUCAGAGCAAAAACCAAGCCAUGGGGUCGAAGGAAUUGUCCGUAGAGCUCAGAGACAGGAUUGUGUCAAGGCACUGAUCUGGGGAAGGGUACCAAAACAUUUCUGCAGCAUUGAAGGUCCCCAAGAACACAGUGGCCUCCAUCAUUCUUAUAUGGAAGAAGUUUGGAACCACCAACUGCAAACUUCAAGUAGGGAAUCUGUGAUGUCAUCGGCCUCCCCCCUUGCUUGAGGAACAAUAGAGGAGCAAUAGAGAACAAAAGAGGAAAGCCCCUCCCCCUUGUGUGAUGUCAUGACUUACCUGGACCACCUAUUGAGAUGUGCCUUUUAAGUAAAUCAGGUGUUAAACCAGGUUAAAAGGAGACUGGAGUGCCGCUUUAACCAUUUUAAAUUUCAACUUCAAUGGGGUGACGUGAGAUUCGGACGUUCCAAGGAGCCAAUUUAGACUUCUCAAAAUUUUCUCACCUGUCCUCUGUAGGCAUGUAGAGGUGGAGGAUGUUGUUGAAUCACCUGAGCAGGCCAUCCCUGUUAGUGACGUAGCCGUCGAGGGCAACGAGGAGAUCUACGUUGACCCGAGCUACGUUAGCGACAAACCAGACGGUACGCCAGAGGUGAGCAUCCCAGAACCCGAGGUAAGAAACCAACGUCCUUUACACACACACACACACACACUAACCACCAUUUUGUUUUUGUUUUACUUGUAUUUAAACAGGGGACUAGGGACCCAUUGAGACUAGGGUCUCUUUCACAAGGGAGCAAAUAUACAUUAUCAAAAGACUAAAUCAAACAAAAAAAUCUAAUCUAAUAUAAAACUAGUAAAAUACAAACACAAAUAUUCAAUCAAUAUUUUAAAUUGCCCGAAAGGAACCAGAACAUCAAAUUGUAAAGUAUUGUGUAGUUGGAGCCAGCAAUGAAGUGCUUUAAAACUAAAAAGAGGAUUUACGUACCUAGUUCGGUGCAGUGUUAAUUUCGUCAACAAAAAUAGUGACAAAAAUAUUCGUCCUAUUUUUCAGUGGCAAUUUAUGAGACUAUAACUGACUAAAUAGACCCAGAAAAAAAACUAUAGCUAAACAAAAAAUAUUUUUUCAUUUCAGUUGACUAAAACGAGACGAUAUUAUCCCUGUGACUAAAAUCUGACUACUAAAUGGACUGGACAAUAGUUUUUGGAGAGAUUGAGAGCUUUUCAGUGAUAAACACAUUGAAUAUUAGCAGCACAGAUGCGCAGUGCAGUUCUGUUCAACAGUGGGAAGAACACGCCGGAACACUGCCUACAUCAGCUGGGGAGUUACUUUUUUUAUAUAUUUAACCUUUAUUUAACCAGGUAAGCCAGUUGAGAACAAGUUCUCAUUUACAACUGCGACCUGGCCAAGAUAAAGCAAAGCAGUGCGAUAAAAACAACACAGAGUUACAUAUGGGGUAAAAAAACAUAAAGUCAAAAAUACAACAGAAAAUAUAUAUACAGUGUGUGCAAAUGUAGCAAGUUAUGGAGGUAAGGCAAUAAAUAGUUACGGGUGAUGUGUGGGCAGACAGGCUCUGCCUCCGAUUAUACAGAUCGCGCAGGUGACAUCUCUUGCUUCCCCUUAGCUAACCAGUCACCACCAGCCUUCUAGUUAGCUACCCUUUGACUGGUUAAGAAACACAAGCUGCUUUACGGAAUUAAAAACAAUAGCAGAUUUUUCACCUAGUGGGCUCAGGGAUUAGAACCAGCGACUUUUCGGUUACUGGCACAACGCUCUUAACCACUAAGCUACCUGCCACCCCAUGUAACUGAGUCAGGUUUGAGACAACCGCUUGAUUCUGGGCCUUAUCGGCUACCGUUCAAAAGACAUGACCCAUAAUACCGGCGCUUUAUUUAUAUCGUGGUGGGAUGCAUUUUACAUUCAUAAAGCAUAUCGUGGGCUGUCCAAAAAUAUUCUACUUGCGGACCGGAACGUUAACCAUUUGUUUAAGCUACACCUUGUUCAGUCUAGUUCUAGCUAACAACCUGGGGUGCGUUCAGCAGGACGCAAUGUUUUGGAACCUGCAGAUAGAAAUAUGUUAUGUAGAACAUUAAUAGGGACUAACGUCAGCUCUAUUCAUGGAAAUUCUAUCUGCAACGUUGGAGAAUGUUUUGCAACUGAACGUAGCCCUGGUAACAUUACCAGUAGUCAACUGAACGUAGCCAUGGUAACAUUACCAGUAGUCAACUGAAUGUAGCCCUGGUAACAUUACCGGUAGUCAACUGAAUGUAGCCAUGGUAACAUUACCAGUAGUCAACUGAAUGUAGCCAUGGUAACAUUACCAGUAGUCAACUGAACGUAGCCAUGGGAACAUUACCAGUAGUCAACUGAACGUAGCCAUGGUAACAUUACCAGUCGUCAACUGAACAUAGCCAUGGUAACAUUACCAGUAGCCAACUGAACGUAGCCAUGGUAACAUUACCAGUAGUCAACUGAACGUAGCCAUGGUAACAUUACCAGUCGUCAACUGAACGUAGCCAUGGUAACAUUACCAGUAGCCAACUGAACGUAGCCAUGGUAACAUUACCAGUAGCCAACUGAACGUAGCCAUGGUAACAUUACCAGUAGCCAACUGAACGUAGCCAUGGUAACAUUACCAGUAGUCAACUGAACGUAGCCAUGGUAACAUUACCAGUCGUCAACUGAACGUAGCCAUGGUAACAUUACUAGUAGCCAACUGAACGUAGCCAUGGUAACAUUACCAGUAGCCAACUGAACGUAGCCAUGGUAACAUUACCAGUAGCCAACUGAACGUAGCCAUGGUAACAUUACCAGUAGCCAACUGAACGUAGCCCUGGUAACAUUACCAGUAGUCAACUGAACGUAGCCAUGGUAACAUUACCAGUAGCCAACUGAACGUAGCCCUGGUAACAUUACCAGUAGUCAACUGAACGUAGCCCUGGUAACAUUACCAGUAGCCAACUGAACGUAGCCAUGGUAACAUUACCAGUAGCCAACUGAACGUAGCCAUGGUAACAUUACCAGUAGCCAACUGAACGUAGCCAUGGUAACAUUACCAGUAGCCAACUGAACAUAGCCAUGGUAACAUUACCAGUAGCCAACUGAACGUAGCCAUGGUAACAUGACCAGUAGUCAACUGAACGUAGCCAUGGUAACAUUACCAGUCGUCAACUGAACGUAGCCAUGGUAACAUUACCAGUAGCCAACUGAACGUAGCCAUGGUAACAUUACCAGUAGCCAACUGAACGUAGCCAUGGUAACAUUACCAGUAGCCAACUGAACGUAGCCAUGGUAACAUUACCAGUAGCCAACUGAACGUAGCCCUGGUAACAUUACCAGUAGUCAACUGAACGUAGCCAUGGUAACAUUACCAGUAGCCAACUGAACGUAGCCCUGGUAACAUUACCAGUAGUCAACUGAACGUAGCCCUGGUAACAUUACCAGUAGCCAACUGAACGUAGCCAUGGUAACAUUACCAGUAGCCAACUGAACGUAGCCAUGGUAACAUUACCAGUAGCCAACUGAACGUAGCCAUGGUAACAUUACCAGUAGCCAACUGAACGUAGCCAUGGUAACAUUACCAGUAGUCAACUGAACGUAGCCAUGGUAACAUUACCAGUAGCCAACUGAACGUAGCCAUGGUAACAUUACCAGUAGCCAACUGAACAUAGCCCUGGUAACAUUACCAGUAGCCAACUGAACGUAGCCCUGGUAACAUUACCAGUAGCCAACUGAACGUAGCCAUGGUAACAUUACCAGUAGCCAACUGAACGUAGCCCUGGUAACAUUACCAGUAGUCAACUUUAUCGUUAGGAGUUUUACAGAAAUGUUUGGUGAUCGACUAGGAAUGUCUUGGAGAUGGAGCAGUCGAUCGCGAUCGACCGGUUGGUGACCACUGAUCUAGAACAAGCGUAGCAGCUGAAACGGUGCUGCUGUCCAGGUAUAAAAACAGACUGGUGCACAUUAAGAAAUAGAAUGAGAAGUUAAAAAACGCUAUUAGCUGACAGUUCUAAAACAUUGGAAAGGCAAGAUGAUUUGGAAAUUGGACGGUAGUUAUCUAAGUCAGAAGGAUCUCCUCCUUUGUGUAGGGGGAGGACAUGUUCCGCUUUCCAGAUCUUACGGAAAACACCAGAAACAACUGUCAAGUUAAAAACAUAGGUUAACGGUUCUGCAAUAAGUGGAGCAGAGAGCUGCUGUAAGAAGGGAUCAAGAGAAUCAGUCCCUGUGGAUUUUUUUUUUUUUACAUCGAUUUUAGCAAGGCACUUAGUACAUCAUGGAUAUAAAAUGGUUGAAAUGAAAAUAGAGAAUGUGUCUGGGAGUGCAUCAUUCUCACCAGUCUGUUUUGAGGUGAAUAAAGGGCUCCCUCUAGUGGCCAUCUGAGGCAUUUCCAGAAACUAUUAUUUCAAAUAGAUGGCCAUCUGAGGUAAAAUGGUUAUUAAAAGCAACCCAAAUGUCCAUUUGGUCUAUUGUGGGACCAGAGGCUGUGGUGUUUCAGGGAUAUGACUACUUUCCAGAAGUUCGCUGGAUUCCCACCAUUCUCAGAUACACAGUUCAAGAAGUAUGUUGACUUUGCUUUUCUAACCAGGGGAUAGACAUCUAUUUCUCAAAUGGCUGAAGGACUGCCAGUCAGACAUAGUAUCAGUCAAUCUAACCUUAGCCAGGCUACAUUUAUUUCCUGUAAUUCUUCUGACAAUUCAUGCAUGAACCAAGAGGACUGCAGAGGACCCCAGUCUCAUGGUCCAUAUCCAUGGUAGAAUCCACAGCAGCUACAGUGGGGGAAAAAGUAUUUAGUCAGCCACCAAUUGUGCAAGUUCUCCCACUUAAAAAGAUGAGAGAGGCCUGUAAUUUUCAUCAUAGGUACACGUCAACUAUGACAGACAAAUUGAGAUUUUUUUUCUCCAGAAAUUCACAUUGUAGGAUUUUUAAUGAAUGUAUUUGCAAAUUAUGGUGGAAAAUAAGUAUUUGGUCACCUACAAACAAGCAAGAUUUCUGGCUCUCACAGACCUGUAACUUCUUCUUUAAGAGGCUCCUCUGUCCUCCACUCGUUACCUGUAUUAAUGGCACCUGUUUGAACUUGUUAUCAGUAUAAAAGACACCUGUCCACAACCUCAAACAGUCACACUCCAAACUCCACUAUGGCCAAGACCAAAGAGCUGUCAAAGGACACCAGAAACAAAAUUGUAGACCUGCACCAGGCUGGGAAGACUGAAUCUGCAAUAGGUAAGCAGCUUGGUUUGAAGAAAUCAACUGUGGGAGCAAUUAUUAGGAAAUGGAAGACAUACAAGACCACUGAUAAUCUCCCUCAAUCUGGGGCUCCACGCAAGAUCUCACCCCGUGGGGUCAAAAUGAUCACAAGAACGGUGAGCAAAAUUCCCAGAACCACACGGGGGGACCUAGUGAAUUACCUGCAGAGAGCUGGGACCAAAGUAACAAAGCCUACCAUCAGUAACACACUACGCCACCAGGAACUCAAAUCCUGCAGUGCCAGACGUGUCCCCCUGCUUAAGCCAGUACAUGUCCAGGCCCGUCUGAAGUUUGCUAGAGUGCAUUUGGAUGAUCCAGAAGAGGAUUGGGAGAAUGUCAUAUGGUCAGAUGAAACCAAAAUAGAACCUUUUGGUAAAAACUCAACUUGUCGUGUUUGGAGGACAAAGAAUGCUGAGCUGCAUCCAAAGAACACCAUACCUACUGUGAAGCAUGGGGGUGGAAACAUCAUGCUUUGGGGCUGUUUUUCUGCAAAGGGACCAGGACGACUGAUCCGUGUAAAGGAAAGAAUGAAUGGGGCCAUGUAUCGUGAGAUUUUGAGUGAAAACCUCCUUCCAUCAGCAAGGGCAUUGAAGAUGAAACGUGGCUGGGUCUUUCAGCAUGACAAUGAUCCCAAACACACCGCCCGGGCAACGAAGGAGUGGCUUCGUAAGAAGCAUUUCAAGGUCCUGGAGUGGCCUAGCCAGUCUCCAGAUCUCAAACCCAUAGAAAAUCUUUGGAGGGAGUUGAAAGUCCGUGUUGCCCAGCGACAGCCCCAAAACAUCACUGCUCUAGAGGAGAUCUGCAUGGAGGAAUGGGCCAAAAUACCAGCAACAGUGUGUGAAAACCUUGUGAAGACUUACAGAAAACGUUUGACCUGUGUCAUUGCUAACAAAGGGUAUAAAACAAAGUAUUGAGAAACUUUUGUUAUUGACCAAAUACUUAUUUUCCACCAUAAUUUGCAAAUAAAUUCAUAAAAAAUCCUACAAUGUGAUUUUCUGGAGAAAAAAAAUCUCAUUUUGUCUGUCAUAGUUGACGUGUACCUAUGAUGAACAUUACAGGCCUCUCUCAUCUUUUUAAGUGGGAGAACUUGCACAAUUGGUGGCUGACUAAAUACUUUUUUCCCCCACUGUAUAUACUGUAUAUGAAUGUUACAACUCACAUCUAAAGAGUUCUACUUUACCAUGAGAGAGAGAUUGAUGGACAGAGACUGGACAAAAUGUAAAACACAGCGUUGAUGAUGAUUCAUGAUCCGUUCUCAACACAGCGUUGAUGAUGAUUCAUGACCCGUUCUCAACACGGCGUUGACGAUGAUUCAUGAUCCGUUCUCAACACAGCGUUGACGAUGAUUCAUGAUCCGUUCUCAACACAGCGUUGAUGAUGAUUCAUGAUCCGUCCUCUCAACACAGCGUUGAUGAUGAUUCAUGAUCCGUUCUCAACACAGCGUUGAUGAUGAUUCAUGAUCCGUUCUCAACACAGCGUUGAUGAUGAUUCAUGAUCCGUUCUCAACACGGCGUUGAUGAUGAUUCAUGAUCCGUCCUCUCAACACAGCGUUGAUGAUGAUUCAUGACCCGUUCUCAACACAGAGUUGAUGAUGAUUCAUGACCCGUUCUCAACACAGCGUUGAUGAUGAUUCAUGACCCGUUCUCAACACGGCGUUGAUGAUGAUUCAUGACCCGUUCUCAACACAGCGUUGACGAUGAUUCAUGACCCGUUCUCAACACAGCGUUGUCUACACUUACGACAGGUCUGUGUAAAAUCCUCCUCCUGUGAACACGUCGCGCAGGUCUCACACUUAAGCAGUAUUUAGAUUUCUGUUCAGUUACGCACUCCAGAAGUGACAGAUGCAUUCAGUGUGUUCUUCUAGUUAACCUGGGUGACGGUUUUUAUCCCUUUGGUGUGUCGUCAGGGUGUGUAUAGCUGGCGUAUAGAUCUGUCCAAAGCAGAGAAGUACUGGGAUGGAUGGUUCAGAGGAAUCUCUAAUCUGUUCCUGGGAUGUAACCUGCCCAAACUCCUCCUGUUAGCAGGUACGUCACAACACAAACCUAUCCUCAUUUUCACCAGGAACUACGGACACUACAGUCUAAACUAUAUUUACUUCACCCCUGGUACUUACAUUUACAUUUUACAUUUUAGUCAUUUAGGAGACGCUCUUAUCCAGAGCGACUUACAGUUAGUGAGUGCAUACAUUAUUAUUAUUAUUUUUCAUACUGGACCCCCGUGGGAAUCGAACCCACAACCCUGGCGUUGCAAACGCCAUGCUCUACCAACUGAGCUACACCCCUGCCGGCCAUUCCCUCCUCUACCCUGGACGACGCUGGGCCAAUUGUGCGCCGCACCAUGGGUCUCCCGGUCGCGGCCGGCUGCGACAGAGCCUGGAUUCGAACCAGGAUCUCUAGUGGUACAGCUAGCACUGCAGUGCCUUAGACCACUGCGCCACUCGGCAGGGGUGUAGAUCAGAAAACCAGUCAGUAUUUGGUGUGAUCACCAUUUGGCCUCAUGCAGCGCAACACAUCUCCUUCGCAUAAAAGUUGAUCAGGCUGUUGAUCGUGGCCCCUUGUGGAAUGUUGUCCCACUCCUCUUCCAAUGGCUGUGCGUAGUUGCUUGAUAUUGGUGGGAUCUGGAACACGCUGUGUCGUACACGUCGAACCAGAGCAUCCCAAACAUGCUCAACGGGUGACAUCAUGUCUGGUGAGUAUGCAGGCCAUGGAAGAACUGGGACAUUUUCAGCUUCCAGGAAUUGUGGACAGGUCCUUGCGACAUGGGGCCGUGCGUUAUAAUGCUGAAACAUGAGGUGAUGGCGGCGGACGAAUGGCACGACAAUGGGCCUCAGGAUCUAGCCAAGGCAUUGGUAAAAUGCAAUUGUGUUAGUUUUCCGUAGCUUAUGCCUGUCCAUACCAUAACCCCACCGCCACCAUGGGGCACUCUGUUCACAACGUUGACAUCAGCAAACCGCUCGCCCACACGACACCAUACACGCUGUCUGCCAUCUGCCCGGUACAGUUAAAACCGGGAUUAAUCCGUGAAGAGCACACUUCUCCAGCGUGCCAGUGGCCAUCGAAGGUGAGCAUUUGCUCACUGAAGUCGGUUACGACGCCAAACUGCAGUCAGGUCAAGACCCUGGUGAGGACGACGAGCACGCAGAUGAGCUUCCCUGAGACGGUUUCUGACAGUUUGUGCAGACAUUCUUCAGUUGUGCAAACCCACAGUUUCAUCAGCUGUCCGGGUGGCUGGUCUCAGACGAUCCCGCAGGUGAAGAAGUUGGAUGUGGAGGUCCUGGGCUGGCAUGGUUACACGUGGUCUGCAGUUGUGAGGGUGGUUGAACACACUGCCUAAUUCUCUAAAACUACUAAUUGUAGUUGGUCCCCCCUUUGCUGCUAUAACAGCCUCCACUCCUCUGGGAAGGCUUUCCACUAGAUGUUGGAACAUUGCUGAGGGGACUUGCUUCCAUUCAGCCACAAGAGCAUUAGUGAAGUCGGGCACUGAUGUUGUGCGAUUAGGACCGCAGAUAGCGUUCCAAUUCAUUCCAAAGGUGUUCGAUGGGGUUGAGGUCAGGGCUCUGUGCAGGCCAGUCAAGUUCUCCACACCAAUCUCGACAAACCAUUUCUGUAUGGACCUCGCGUUGUGCACGGGGGCAUUGUCAUGCUGAAGCAGGAAAGGGCCUUCCCCAAACUGUUGCAACAAAGUUGGAAGCACAGAAUCGUCUAGAACGUCAUUGUAUGCUGUAGCGUUAAGAUUUUCCCUUCACUGGAACUAAGGGGCCUAGCCCGAACCAUGAAAAACAGCCCCAGACCAUUAUUCCUCCUUCAACAAACUUUACAGUUGGCACUAUCCAUUCGGGCAGGUACCGUUCUCCUGGCAUCCGCCAAAUACAGAUUCAUCCAUCAGACUGCCAGAUGGUGAAGCGUGAUUCAUCACUCCAGAUAAACGCGUUUCCACUGCUCCAGAUUCCAAUGGCGGCGAGCUUUACACCACUCCAGCCGACGCUUGGCAUUGCACAUGGUGAUCUUAGGCUUGUGUGCGGCUGCUCGGCCAUGGGAACCCAUUUCAUGAAGCUCCCGACGAACAGUUAUUGUGCUGAUGUUGCUUCCAGAAGCAGUUUGGAACUCGGUAGUGAGUGUUGCAACCGAGGACAGACGAUUUUUAUGCACUACGCGCUUCAGCACUCGGCGGUCCCGUUCUGUGAGCUUGUGUGGUCUACCAUUUUAGGGCUGAGCCGUUGUUGCUCCUAGACGUUUCCACUUCACAAUAACAGCACUUACAGUUGACCGGGGCAGCUCAAGCAGGGCAAACAUUUGACGAACUGACUUGUUGGAAAGGUGGCAUCCUAUGACGGUGCCACGUUGAAAGUCGCUGAGCUCUUCAGUACGGGCCAUUCUACUGCCAAUGUUUGUCUAUGGAGAUUGCAUGGCUGUGUGCUCGAUUCUAUACACCUGUAAGCAACGGGCGUGGCUGAAAUAGAAUAAUAAUAAUAUGCCAUUUAGCAGACGCUUUAAUCCAAAGCGACUUACUUAGAAGAAUCCACUCAUUUGAAGGGGUGACCACAUACUGCUGUAUGGGGGCGGCAGGUAGCUUAGUGGUUAAGAGCGUUGUGCCAGUAACCGAAAGGUCGCUGGUUCUAAUCCCCGAGCCGACUAGGUAAAAAAUCUGUCGAUGUGCCCUUGAGCAAGGCACUUAACCCUAAUUGCUCCUGUAGGUCGCUCUGGAUAAGAGUGUCUGCUAAAUGACAAAAAAUGUAAAUAUAGUGUAUUUUACUACCCUUACUUUACCCCAGGUACAUAACACUACAGUCUAAUUUACCCUUACUUUACCCCAGGUCCUACUCCAUAAGCGGGAAUCUUGUUGUAUUCUAAUCGUGCCUGUAUUUGUCAAUCCUGUAUUUCUCAUUUUGGCUGCACCUUGACCAUAGGUCAUAUACCUAGAAUCUUAAAGGGAUAGUGCAGAUUUUGACAAUGAAGCCCUUUAUCAACUUCCCCAGAGUCAGGCGAACUGGUGUCAUUGGUAUGUCUCUGUGUGCAUGUGUUUAUUUAUAUAUGUGUGUGUGUGUGUGUGUGUGUGUGUGUGUGUGUGUGUGUGUGUGUGUGUGUGUGUGUGUGUGUGUGUGUGUGUGUGUGUGUGUGUGUGUGUGUGUGUCUCUGUAUAAAUCAUGAUGCAUGAUUUGUUUGUCUUCAGGUGUAGAUCGUCUGGACAGGGACCUGACUAUAGGCCAAAUGCAGGGUAGGUCUACACAGUUGACUGUUGUCUACCACUCUAGCAUGCUGAAACUGACAGCCACAGUGUGUGUGUGUGUGUGUGUGGAUGUGUUUAACUAUUCUUGAAGACCAGAAGUUCCCACAAGAAUAGUAAACAAACAACAAUGUGACCAACUGGGGACAUUUUGUUAGUCCCCGCAAGGUCAAAGGCUAUUUCUAGGGGGUUUAGGGUUAAGGUUAAAAUUACUGUUAGGGUUGGAAUUAGGUUUAGGGUUUGGAGCUAGGGUUAGGUUUAGGGUUAGGGUUUGGAGCUAGGGUUAGGUUUAGGGUUAGGGUUUGGAGCUAGGGUUAGGUUUAGGGUUAGGGUUUGGAGCUAGGGUUAGGUUUAGGGUUAGGGUUUGGAGCUAGGGUUAGGUUUAGGGUUAGGGUUUGGAGCUAGGGUUAGGUUUAGGGUUAGGGUUUGGAGCUAGGGUUAGGUUUUAGGGUUAGGCUUAAGGGUUAGGUUUUCACGUUAAGAUUAGGGUGAGGUUUAAGGUUAGGGUUAGGGAAAAUAGGAUUUUGAAUGGGACUGAAUUGUGUGUCCCCACAAGGUUAGUUAUACAAGACUGUGUGUGUGAGUGUGAGUGUGUUGUCAGACUGAAGACCACCUGUUAUGUUGUUCUCCUCAGGGAAAUUCAUGAUGCAGGUGCUGCCCCCUAGUGGCCAUGCAGUGCACGAGGACACACCAGACAAAGUAAGACACGCACGCACGCACGCACCACCACACCACACACACACACCACCACACACACACAC